UCGUGCUCUCUCCUCUCUCAUCUCCACCUCAAUCUCAAUCAGCGCCGAAACAGCACGGCACGAGAAAGAAAGAAGGGAAGAAAAAAAAAAACGGGACAUCGAUUCGCAUCCGAGACGGUGACCGAUGCUCGCCAUUCCCUGCCCGACGUCUCCGCCGCCGGCACGCUGCGCCCCGCUCUCCCCGCUGUAAAAGCAGCUCCUCGCCGGGGCAGUCCGGUCGCCUUCUCCUGCCCCUUCCUCCCUCCCUAUCCUCCCCCCGUCCCCCCAGGUCUGGACGGCAGUUUAUUCCCUGGAUGCUGGAUGAAUGAUCGGAGAGUUGUGAACAAGUGUGAGAAGAACGCCGAGGCUCCGCGAUCUGCGUCCCCCGCGCCGUCCGCGGAAGACGAGACUCAGCCAGAGUUGUGGACGACAAUGGAGGGGACGUCCUUGUAUCUUCCUAUUGUUAUUUUACUCAUGCAAUGUUCCCCCUCAGUUCCCGUAACCGUGUCGACCAACAGACCUAAGGUGGAGGUGGAGGAGUUCUCAGACGCAGAGCUCUCGUGCCUGUUCCACACGGAGAGAGACCCGAACCCGCGCAUCGAGUGGAAGAAGAAGGCAAAAGAAGUCUCCUUCGUCUACUUCGACGGACGCUUCAGAGGUCCCUUUGAAGGCAGAGCGACCAUCGACGGGGCGACGGUGACCCUGCACAGAGUGACCCAGGAGGACGCCGGAGAGUACCGCUGCGAGAUCAGCGCGUCCCUGGACACUGUCAGCCUGGGCGAGACCAACGUGACCCUCAGCGUCUUGGUGCCCCCGCAGACCCCCACGUGCGAAGUCCCCGCCUCGGCCGUCACGGGCUCGGCGGUCCAGCUGCGCUGUCGGGACCAACAGAGCGUCCCGCCCGCCACGUACUCCUGGUUCAAGGACAACAAGCCAAUCAGCAAGCCCCGUCACGCCAACGCGACCUAUCUAAUCAACUCCCACACGGGAAUACUGGAGUUCAAGGCGGUCACCAAAGAGGACAGCGGUCGCUACAGCUGCCUGGCGUCCAACGGGGUGGGCUCGCCCCAAAUGUGUGAGGCCAAGCACAUGAUCAUAGAGGACGUGAACAUCACCGUCAUCCUGGGGGCCGUGGUGGUGGUCUUCCUGCUGCUGGUGGUGUGCGGCUGCGGYGGGAUGCUGCUGCAUCGCAACGGCUUGUUGACUCAAGGACACAGAGGGAGGUCCAACGUCAACUACGUCCCCCCACCCCAAGAACCCCAGGAUUUCAAACAUACUCAAUCGUUCAUGCUCUGAGAAGAGAAGAUGGCUUUCCUUCGAUGGACAAUAAAUCCCCCCCCCUCCUGUGAUGAGGUGCCAACGAAGGAUUCAAAUCUCUUUUCCCGCUUUUGAUCUUCCAGCAAACACCAAACUCGAUCCUCGCUUUGUUUUGAUUUUAAUCUUUGAUUACAUCUUGCUUUUUGUGCUGCUCACUUUUUGCCCAUCGAAAUCCUCUGCUCUUACGGGACUCAAAGCAGCGCCGUGGUACUCUGCCGCCCCCUGCUGGUCACAUCUAGAAAGUGACCCUCUUGACUUUACUUUUUUUUUUUUUUUUUUAAACCAAAGACUGAUGUUUAAUUCAAGUGACUUUUAUUUCCGUUUUAGAAACUGAAUCUAAGGGGAAUCUUCUGAAGCCAUACUGAAUUAUUUCAGUUGUUUCCAGACAACUCAGACUUAAAUACAGAUUACCUCCUGUCAGUAUUUUGUCUUCUGUCUCAGGCCCAAACAUCAUUAAAAUCCCCAUAUCACGAUCUUAGUAAAAACCAGGAGGAAUAAGUUUGACUCGUUCAACUUGAGACCAACCCCCCUUCCGUCCUGAUGUGCCUGCAUGGUCUUUGAUAAAUGUAUACAUAAAUUAUCUACAGUAAACCUUGUGCCUUUUUAAUUUCACAGUCAUAUCGAUCUCGGGAUCACGCUUUUUUGUAAACAAACUUGCCUUACUUUUCUGUCUUUAUAUAUAUAUAUUCUCGUGCCACUGUUUAUCGAAUGACGUGUGGAUGACUAUACAGUUUUAUUUGAAUGAAUCAAUAAAAGUUUUUUUUUCUAUUAA